ACUGCCUUCAGCAGUUACCUCGCUAGUCGUGCGCUGUUACCCUAGUACAACAAACCUUAAAGAUGCGCGGCUUUUUGUGUACUGUGGCACUAGUAUCAUGUGCGGUUUCAUCCCUGGCAGGGACACUACCGCCAUUUCUCAAAGCUUGUUCGGCUUCGGACCCUCAGCUGAACCAAUGCGUGGAGAAGGUGAUAGCGGAGGGCGGCAGCAGUUUCGCCCAGGGGAUCCCUGAGUUGGGCAUCGCGUCUCUGGACCCGGUCUACCUGGGCAAGGUGCUGGUCGACAACCCUGCGCUCAAGCUCACGUUUGAGGAUACCGUUGUCACGGGGCUUGGGGGUUUUAGGGUUAACUCUUAUAGGAUUGAUACAGAGAAAGGAAAGGCAGUUUUGGACUUCACGGCGAACGUAACGCUUAAGGCGAACUACGAUAUGGACGGUCAAGUACUCAUUCUGCCGAUCAAAGGCAACGGCCAGGCCAGGAUCAAAAUCACGAAUCUAAAUAUCGUCAUCAAAUAUGACUACAAAACAAUAAAUGGAUUUUGGACGGUGACCGGGUACAAGGAUAGCUACAAAAUGGACAGAGCACAGUUCAAGUUCACCAACCUAUUCGGCGGUAAUAAGGAGUUAGCUGCCACGACCCUGUCAUUUCUGAACCAAAGCUGGGAUGUUAUCAUGCAGGAGAUAGCUCCUCCAGCUAUUGAACAAAUUAUCGACCGAUGCGUCGAAGAAGUAAAGAAACUAUUCAGUGCUGUGCCGGCCACAGAACUACUCACUCAAUAACGCAUCCACAAUAAACCGAGUCAUCAAUGACAAUUGGGAGCCGGUGAUUCACGACAUCGCCCCCGUGGCUUUCGAGACCAUCAUCGCCGCCUGUGUCAAUGAAGCUAAGAAGUUGUUUGCGGCUGUGCCCGCGAAUGAGCUUCUCCUGCCGU